AUGUCUGAUAGUUCGAGUGAUGCAGUUCUUCUGCUGAUUUGUGGACUCCCUGCUGCCGGGAAAACGACACUUGUGAAGCAUCUAGUGGCAAGAUGCACCACCCCAUCAAGGUCGUAUCAAUAUAUCUCUUUUGACGAGCUCUACGAGCAACAGAUGAUCGAUAACGGAGAUAGCAGACUAAGUGAGUUUGACCCUGAAAUAUGGAAAGCAUGCCAGCAAAAGAUGGUGCUGCGAGUGAGCAAAUGUUUAAAGGAAUACACAUCGGCUAGGAGGAGCGGGUCCGCGCACCAAAUGGUGCUUCUUAUCGACGACAAUUUCCAGUACCGAAGUCUGCGCAAGCGCUUCUUUCAUCUCGCCACCAAGGCAAACUGCGGCUUUGGUCUAGUGUACGUAAACACCCCGAUAACAACCUGCCGAGAACGAAAUGCUGUUCGGGGUGAUAGUGCACGAGUUCCUGAUGAGGUUUUUGAACGGAUGGUGACAGUAUUUGAGGCACCCAAUGGCUGUCAAACCUCGUGGGAAGUGAACACUUGGGAGGUGAAACAAAUGGAAGAUGCCGCCAACAUUGAAGAGGCAAUGAACGCGCUGAUUCAGCAAGCAUCCCGUGAAGGAAAAAAACGACGCCUUGCGCAAAUGGAUGCGCAGAGAAAAGCAGCUCAGCAGCACCGCGAUCGACUAUCAACACAGCAAAGUGUGCUUCACCUCGUUGACUUGCAGCUGCGUCAAUGGAUAUCAACUCAACUGCAGGAUGAGAACACACUAACGUCAGGGCUACCAAAGUCGCAACUAGCAUUUCAAUUAAAUCAACGCAAGAAAAGCUAUCUCGCGUCCAUGAUACAGUCGUAUAGUAACAUUGUCGACAGCAUUCAUGUACAAGGAAAGUCUAUCAAGGAGGUGGUGAGUUUGCUCGUUCAUCGAUUCCAGCAUCAAGAAUAA